GUCCGCCCCCCCAGCGCAGCGCAGCUCACCGCACGCCUCCGUCGCCGCCGCCGCAAUGCCGGUCUCCUCCAUGGCCUCGUCGCUCCUCCUCUCCCUCUCCGCCUCUUCCUCCUCCUUCCUCGCCUCCUCCUCGCUCUCCUUCCUCCCCGCCUCCUCCUCCCCGCACGCCUCCGCCAGGGGGAGCAGGCCAUCCGCCUCCAUCCUCCGCGCGCUGCGCGCCGAGGCCACCACCCUCCCGGUGAUCUCCUUCACCGGCGAGAAGGUCGGCGAGGUCUCGCUCGACAUCAAGUCGGCGUCGCCCGCCACCGCGCGCGCCGUCGUGCACCGCGGCCUCAUCACCGACCGACAGAACGCGCGCCGGGGCACGGCCUCCACGCUCACCCGCGGCGAGGUCAGGGGCGGCGGGAGGAAGCCCUACGGCCAGAAGAAGACCGGGAAGGCGCGGCGCGGGUCCACGCGCACCCCGCUCCGCCCCGGCGGCGGCGUCAUCUUCGGGCCCAAGCCCCGGGACUGGUCCAUCAAGAUCAACCGCAAGGAGAAGCGCCUCGCCAUCUCCACCGCGCUCGCCAGCGCCGCCGUCGCCAACGACUCCUUCGUCGUGCAGGAGUUCGACGAGGAGUUCGCCACGGGGCCGCGGACCAGGGACUUCGUGGCCGCCCUGCAGCGCUGGGGGCUCGACCCCAGGGAGAAGGCCAUGUUCCUCUCCACGGAGCUUGAUACCAAUGUGCGCCUUAGCGGCAGGAACAUUGGUACCCUCAAGAUGCUCACCCCCAGGACGCUCAACCUUUACGACAUCCUCGACGCACGCAAGCACUUCUUCACCCCCUCUGCCAUUGACUACCUCAACUCCAGGUACGGUACCACGGUGUUUGAUGAAUAUGAGGGCGACACCGAUGGCGAGGAUGACGGUGAAGAGGAAGCCGUCGAGGAGCAAGAGGAAGAAGGAAUCACAGAGGAGGCUGCCCAAGAUGAGACUGAAGACGCCUAGGCAGACAGUAAUUCCUAGGUGAUUGUUAUGGCGGUCCUUGUUUGUUGGUUUGGGAAUUGCCUCUCCAAUGAAUAAGCCUUUUUGGUUUUCCAUUGUUGUAAGUUCACUAUGCAUGUUUCUCACUGAUGCAGUAUAUUAGAUUCUCAAAGUUCACGUAUAUUUUCAGAUUCACUGUCGAAUUUCAGUUGCCGCUUACAUUAUUUGCAAUUCUAUAGAGUUUCACAUCCAUAUUUCCAA